AUGGCAGAGCUAGGGGCGAACCUUGUGGUGAAGCUUGUGGUGGAGCCUUGUGGCAAACCUCGUGGCGGAAGCUUGUGGCGAAGCCUUGUGGCAGAGCUAGGGGCGAACCUUGUGGCGAAGCUUGUGGCGGAGCCUUGUGGCAAACCUUGUGGCGGAGCCUUGUGGAGAAUCUUGUGGCGAAGCUUGUGGCGGAGCCUUGUGGCAAGCUUGUGGCGGAAGCUUGUGGCGAAGCCUCGUGGCAGAGCUUGUGGCGGAAGCUUGUGGCGAAACCUUCUUGUGGCGGAGCCUUGUGGCGGAGCCUUGUGGCGGAAGCUUAUGGCGGAGCUAGUUGCGAGGCUAGUGGCAAAGCCCUGUGGCGAGCAUCCAAGCGAAACUGUACCCAUCAGAACAGUCAAUAGGCAAUGCUUAUCUGGCCACCAAGCAGUUGCUGAUGAUGUUGCUGUCUCCAUAAACGCAGGACUUUAUGAUAUAGGGAAGGGUAUUGCUGCUGGAGUGGAAUUUAUGACAGUAGACCAGAUUAGCAGGCCUCACAAAGUUAACCCACGCGCGCAGAGCUUUCGUCAAGCCCGAGAUUGUCGUCUUCCCAUGGGAAUUACUUCCGAAAAUGUUGCAGAAUACCAUGGUGUUACGAGGCAAGAGCAACAGCAAGACCAGGCUGCUGUUGAAUCCCACAAGCGCGCCGCUGCAGCAACCGCAUCUGGAAAAUUCAAAGAUGAAAUUGUUCCAGUUUCUACAAAGAUUGUCGAUCCUAAAACUGGGAAGGAGAAGCCUGUUACCAUUUCCGUGGAUGAGGGAAUUCGACCAAACACAAAUAUAGCAGAUCUGGAAAAGUUGAUGCCUGCGUUCAAGAAGGAUGGAUUACUUAGUUGGAACGCCAGCCAGGUGAGUGAUGGUGCCGGAGCAGUCCUACUCAUGAAGAGAAGUGUCGCCAUGCAGAAGGGACUUCCAAUUCUUGGUGUGCUUAGGUGUUUUGCCGUUGCUGGGGUGGAUCCUGCCGUCAUGGGCAUCGGCCCGGCCGUAGCGAUUCCAGCUGCAGUGAAAUCUGCUGGCCUUGAGCUCAAUGACAUUGACCUGUUUGAAAUAAACGAGGCAUUUGCAUCCCAGUUUGUUUAUUGCUGCAAGAAGCUGGCGCUUGACACUGAAAAAGUAAAUGUCAAUGGAGGUGCAAUAGCUCUUGGGCAUCCUUUGGGCGCUACAGGCGCCCGCUGUGUUGCAACCCUGUUGAACGAGAUGAAACGUCGUGGCAAGGGCUGUCGAUAUGGUGUGAUUUCUAUGUGCAUAGGCUCGGGCAUGGGAGCUGCUGCUGUAUUUCAAAGAGGUGACUCUGUUGAUGACUUCUGCAACGCUCGAGUUGUCAGAGACAACAAUCUGUUGUCAAAGGAUGCCCAUUAGACUCAUAAGAUGGCAUCGAGAUUUUUCAUUCAAAGUUCCCGAGUGAUCUGAAAGGUGGAACAGAAUAGAAUCGACUUAAAUAUAACUGUAGCAGUAAGCAUAUAUCAUAUUUAUCGUUCUACAGUGGCUUAAAUACAAGUAGUCUUCGCUUUUCUCUUUGGACUUUGGAGUAGAAUCAACUCAUCAACCACAUCCAAUUCCAUUGUGCAAUCUAUUCCUGAAAGCGAUGAGCUAUUAAAUAAAGACCGUCA